AUGUAUCGCCGCCUUUGCUCAGUUGCAGUGGCGCCGCUGAUGGCGACCACGGUGCAUCCGUUGUCCUCGGCGGUGCAGUGUCAGUCAGUUACAAGCACGCGCGCCGGUGUCUCAUGUCUCUCGAUACGCGCGUGCAGUAGCACUAGCGGCACCUCAUUAGGCAAUAUCUCUUCCACAAAGGGCGCCAGCUUCAGCGCGGGUCGACCCGGUCAACGCGCGCCGUCGAUUAACUGCGUGACACUCGUUGGCGUAGUGCAUGACAUCCAAACCGGCUACGUCUUCGAGGACGCUGUCACCCAAUUCACGCUCACCACAACAAGCUUGGACACGGCGAACCAGGGUGAAGAGUGUGUGGUGGAGAAGGAUCAUCACACGGUGCGCUGCUUUGGCGAUGUCUUUUCCCGAGAGGUCCGCUCCAAGCUGAACGAGGGCAACGUAGUCUGCGUGAAUGGUCGUCUUCGCUUGAACCCGCAGGUAGAGCCGUCGUGUAACAGGUACUACUACUUCCCCUACAUCCAAGUACAGCCGCCACACGGGCAGGUGAGCGUUGUGUACGGUGACCGUCGGUCCCCUCCGUCACCGGUGAACACAGUAACCGGUGAACUAGACAAUAGCAGCGACAGCGCCACAAGCGGCGCAGCACCGGACGAGAAUGGCAAUGCUACUGCGAAGACACAGAAGACGCCGUAA